UGUUUAUAUAUGUGUGUGUAUAUGUGCAUUCAACUUGCCUCUUGACUUAUGGCAACCCUUGUAAAUUUCAUAAAGUUUUCUUAGGAAAGGAAUACUCAGAGAUGGUUUUGCCAGUUCCUCCCUACGAAAUAGAGCCUACAGGCCUGGUACUCAUUGGUAGUCUCUCAUCCAAGUACUGACCUAUUUAACUACCACUUUUUUAUAUAAUUGUAAUUGGAUUAGAAUUCAGCUUUCGUUUCUUCUUAGUCGUAUAGUCCUAUAAACUAAUUCCUUCUCACUUGGAUUUCAACUCUUUGACUGGGGGAGAGCAGAAGCAUGUUUAGACCUCCAGCUGGUUCCUGAUAACACCAUAUCUUAUUUACACUGAAAUGGCUACAAUGGGAAGCCUGGUAAAUGGUGCAAAUGUUCUUGUAUGCUUCAGAAACAGGAAAGGGAAUGAGUAGACAGGGUUCUACUCAAUCAGCCAUGGAAAAUAUGCAUCCCUUUCCUCUGGAAACAUUAUCGUAUCACCUUAGCUCUGCUUCCUGCAAAGCACAAAACAGUCAUGAUGUAAGUGUCAAAUUUGUCCUAGUAGUAAUCCUUAAUUAUGUAUGCAUAAAGAAAGGCCUGUCAACUUGACAACACUUGCUCUGCAAUAGGACUGAAAUAGCAUCUCUCUUAUCAUAUUUUAUAGGCAAACAAUCCUUUCAUGUUUCAAAGCUCCAACUUUGAAGGGGGAAAGUGUGUGGAAGAUUACUAGCACUCAUAUGCCUCUAAAUUGGCCUUGAGUUUGGUCCUGGUCUGAUUCUUGCUUACUGUUAGUGAAGGUCCAAAAUAGAUUUACAGUAGAGUCUCACUUAUCCAACAUAAACGGGCCGGCAGAACGUUGGAUAAGCGAAUAUGUUGGAUAAUAAGGAGAGUUUAAGGAAAAGCUUAUUAAACAUCAAAUUAGGUUAUGAUUUUACAAAUUAAGCACCAAAACAUCAUGUUAUACAACAAAUUGGACAGAAAAAGUAGUUCAAUAUGCAGUAAUGCUAUGUAGUAAUUACUGUAUUAAUGAAUUUAGCAUCAAAAUAUCAUGAUGUAUUGAAAGCAUUGACUACAAAAAUGCGUUGGAUAAUCCAGAACGUUGGAUAAGCGAGAGACUACUGUAUUUCAACCUGCUACAGUUUCCAGGAGCUGGAUUGUUCAUGGACUCAUGGCUGAGUAUGAUUGUCUUCCAGAGGUAGAAUCUUGGCGGUGGAUCCAUAAAUGACUGUGAAGACCUAUUCUGGAUCUGUGUGGUCUUUCACAUAGAUUUCCAUAUGGAAGGUGGUCAUGACAAGGAUUGACUUGAUGUGCCUUCCUCUUGGCACAUUACUUCCUUUCAUCCUGUGUUUCUGCCUCUUCAAAAUCCAUAGCACCAUUGGUAACAGCAGACCUCCAGUUAUAAUGCACGAGUGCCAGGGAUUCCCAUUUCUUAGUGAUUAUACCACAUUUGUUUAGGUUAGCUUUAAGCAUGUCUUUAAAUCUCUUUUGUUGUCCACCAACAUUCCAUUUUCAAUUCUUAAGUUGAGAAUAAAGUAACUGCUUUGGGAGAUGCUGAUCAGAUAUUUGGAUAACAUGGCAAAUCCAGCAAAGUUUUCCCACCCCCAAAGGGAAUUUUUUAAUUAAUUAUUAUUAUUUUGUAUACAUAAUUGUAUACAAAACUUUUUUCAGUCUAGCAAAGUUGAUGGAUUACUUAACUGCAUUACAAAGAUGGAUUACUAAAAGCAAUAUCAAGAAUGGAAACUGUUGUAAUCCAUACAUUGUUGAACUAAUGCGCAGCAUGACAAAUAAUAAAGGGGGGUUGCAUCUGGUAUGAAGCAACUUUGGAGAGCUAUACAACCCCCACUAAUGGGUUGGAUCCAAUUAUUUAUCCUGGCUAGUCUAGAUCCACUGAAUCAGUAGUUGAAUAAUAAGUUAUCUUUUGUAAAUCCAGUUAUUCAAUGGAUCUACUCAAGUUCGGACCAGCAAAUUGGAUAUUGCUUUAUAUUUUCUGAGCCUCAAACUGUACUAAGGCAAAGAAAGGUGCUAACGAAGGAACAAGGAGCUGUCUGCCAGACUACUUUCAAUUCACAGUGAAGAUCACCUAAUAGUGGUAACAUUUUGGACUUUUGAAGAAAUCUGGAAAUUUAUCACUUAUCAUUCCCUUGGUUUUCUAAACCAUUGCAUGGAGAAUCUGCUACUGGAUGACCAUUUUUGGCUCUCUCCACCAGAAGAAGCAGUUGGAAUUGAUGUCCAUCUAGAUGAAGACUGUCUUGAUAGGAUAUAUCGAGAGCUCUUAGUUCAAGAAGGUACAUUCUUUGUAAUUCAUCCUGAAAAUGUUGUCAAUGAAGGAAGACUUGCUGAUGACAGAAGAGUGAUCCGAAUUUACCAGCUAAACUCAGCUACUGAGAAAGGCCCAGAAUCAGCCACCUGGAAUGAUGAUGCUGAACAUUUUGCAGAGCCCCUGAAUGCUUUUCAUCAGUGGUUUCUUAAAACAAACCCAGACCUUGAUUUUGUCAGCAAAAGUGGACCUGUUGUCACUGAUCAAGUUGCCACAGGAUUUUCUGUAGCAAAGAUUAGCCAUGAAAGUACAGUUCCUGAGGAAAUUGGUUUCCGGGAAGGAGACAGAAUUGAAAUAAUUGGCUAUUUUAUGAAAUGCAUGUCGUGGUUCGUAGGAAGACACAUCCCUUCUGGCCAGGUUGGUUUUGUACAAACCAGUCACGUCAGUCCUGAAGGCUUCAGCACCACUGCAACAGAACCAUCAUGCCUCGUCCUCUUUCAAGACGAGCAAUCUUUUUUAACAAAAGAAGGCCUGGAAGAAAAUAUGACAAGACUCUUGGAACAACUAACAACUGAUAACACCUGCAACUUAUAUCAAAUAGAUGGACAGAAGAACUUUGAACUUGAGGAGUCAAUUCAGCAAGAAAAGUCAUUUUCCUUUCUUAAUUUGGAUUCUCCAACACUCAAACUGAAAGUGACUCAAUCACUUAAGGAAGUAAAAAAGUUACAGCUGCACGAGGAAGAAUCAGAUGUUCAGAAGAGGCAUGUUUCUGCUUUGAAGGGGGAGAUGUCUUCUGUAACGGAAGCACCACGUUUCUGCAUAUACCAGGAAGGUGCUUGUGGAUCAGAGAUCUCAGAUUCAUUACUGCUGUUUCUGAACAGUGAUGGCUAUGAUCCCAACUUCCAGAACCUAUACAAUUUUUCAUUUUCCUUUCUCAUCAUCCUAUUUUAUGGCUAUGCCAGUGAGGAAGAACUUAUUGAUUAUUUUGUCCUGGCAAGGGAAGCAGCAAAGCGAGCAAACCUUUUGCGGGCCUUGACAAGGCUGUGCUUUCUCCUGGGGAGAAUGAGUGCCCGGAAGUUCAAACUUUCUCAAGCUCGGGUGUAUUUUGAGGAGGCUUUGGCAACAAUGCAAGGAAAUUUUGGUGACCUCUAUCUUACAAUUGCUCUUUAUACAAAUUUAACAGGCAUUUACCUGAAACAGAGGAACAAGGAAAAAUGCACCUGCAUUUUUGACAAGGUUGCUUCUUUGCUCAUGGGAAUUCCCAACUACAUCAGCAGCACAGGCAUGGAGUCAGAUAUUCUGAAGUAUGCUUUAAAAAGGGCAAUGGUGUGUCAAAGCAAGAACGUAGAAGCCAAGGCAUGCUUCCUGUUAGCAAGACACUAUCUGAAAUUUAAACAAGAUGAAGAAGCACUGCCAUUCCUAGAAAGACUGCAGAUUCUGUAUAAUGACUUGGGAUUGAGAAAGCAUUCAUUGUUAACUGACUAUUAUUUUAAAUUAGCCCAACUUUACAGUCAAAAAUGUUUGCCCUACCUUGUGCUAAGCUGUUGCAAGGUUGCCUCUUCUUGCAGCUCAACAAGUACUUUACUGGAGUCAUUCAGAUGCAUUGAUUUGGUAUUUAAAAAUGCUCCCAAACUCCAUACUUCAAAAACUGUGGGUCAGACAUGUCCUUCCCAAAUUGCAUACUACCUUGCUCAGAUUCUCUGCUUGCUAGAGGUUAGCAAAGAACACCAAAAACUGUGCAGGAUGGUUUACUAUAAUCUCUCUCUACUACACAGUCAUCACAAACAAUACAGACAAGCAAUUGGCUACAUGGAAAAGGUUCUUGAAACAAAUGCUCACACAAGCAUUGAAGAAACAAUUAACCAUCUAGUCUUUCUUAGUUGGUUAUAUAUUCUUCAUCAUCAAAAUAAGGUGGCUUUGGACAUUUUAAAUGCCAUAGUCGAAUCUUCACAAAGCAGUUGCCAACAGCUAGGUGUUAUUUAUAACAUGAUCGGCAUUGCUUUGAGGCGGAUGAACAAUACAAAGCUAGCAACUGAAAACUACUAUAAAGCUCUGAUCAUUUCAAGAGAGAUGGGGAUUUUAUGUAACCAGGCCGUGACUGUGGCCAAUUUGGGGAUUCUCUGUCUGCAUUCAUCUGCCAGGUGUCUUGGGGAGCAUUUCUUAAUUCAAGCCGUAAUGCUAUUCUCUCAACUGCCAAGUGCUGAGUGUGGCCGAAAUUUUAUAGAUGUCCUCCUAAGGCUGGGAUGCUACUAUUCCAAUGGAAUUCGUAAAAAUGAAGGAAGAUGUUUCUAUGAGUGGGCAUUUUUGGUGGCAAUGAAGACAAACUCUUUGGAAGGGCAGCUCAUGGCUGUUCAGCACCUCUGCCAAUUCUACAGCAGAAUUCUUCCAGAUGAAGCUCAGUGCGUUAUUUACAAUGAAUAUCAACUCUACCUGGUGAGAAAAAUGUCUGACAAAGUCAUGGAGGGAAAAGUAUUGGAAACCAUCAGUCAGCUGUAUCUAUCUUUAGGCACAGAAAGGGCAUAUAGAUCUGCCCUCGAAUAUACCAAAAGAAGCCUUGGCAUCUUUAUUGAUCUUCAGGCAAAAGAAAGGGAGGCUCAGGCUUGGCUCCAAGCAGGAAGGAUAUAUUACAUAUUGAGGCAGAAUGAGCUGGUAGAUCUUUAUAUCCAGGCUGCCCAAAAUGCUGCUGUAUGUAUUCAGGAUCCUAAUUUAGAAAUGAAAUUAUUUGAAGCUUCAGGAGACAUUUUCUUUAAUGGAGAGUGGGAAAGAGAAAAAGCAGUAGCUUUCUACAAGGACAAGGCUUUACCACUUGCUAUUAAGACAAAGAAUAGCAGUGCUGAACUUCGACUGGUCAACAAAUUGGUGGAAUUGCUUUUAAAUCUACAGGCAUAUGAGGAGUGUCUGGAAUAUGCACGAGCAUCAUUAAUGCUCAGUGUCCAUUUAGGAAAUCAUUUAAGUGAAAGACUUGCAUAUCACCGGCUGGCCAUUAUCUAUCGUCAUCUUGGGCAGUGCGAACUUACAGAACACUUCUUCUUAAAAGCCUUGUCACUGUGCCCCUCACCUCUUCAGUUUGAUGAGGAAGCCAUGUACUAUGUUAAAGUAUACCUCAUUCUUGGAGAUAUUACAUUCAGUGACCUAAAGGACCCCUUUGAUGCCGCUGGAUACUAUAAUUUAGCCCUUGCAGCUGCCAUGGACUUAGGCAACAAGAAAGCUCAACUGAAAAUCUACACCAGGCUUGCCAUAAUUUUCCACAACUUCCUUGUGGACCGGGAGAUGUCCCUCUUCUUCUAUCAGAAGGCAAGAGCCUUUGCAACGGAGCUUAAUAUUCGUAGAAUAAAUCUGUCCCCUAAUCAAUAUAUGCAAACAACAUGGGCCUCUGCAAAAAAGGUCAUGUAAGGAUUACACCAGGGCAUAUGAUGCUAGGGAGAGUAGCUUCUGUUUUGAUAAACUACAAGUCCUUUUGUAUUACAAGAAAUAGUACAUUAUAUGUAUAUUUGAUAAUUAAGUGUCUCAUUUUCUACUCCUUCUUUAUAUGAAUCAUAACUCUGUUGACAUCUUUAAACAAGAAGCCAGUCUUCAUUUUACAAUCAGAUUAUGCAAUUAAUUGUUUCACUGUUGAAAAGAGAGGAAAUUAGAAAGAUAAUUAAAGGCAGGAAUUUACUGAAUAAAUGUCCUGACAAACUAAAGCUGAAAAUAUUCUCCCACUGUGUUUUAAUUGAAUAUGAAUGGUCUGGGUCUUGGGUACUGUGUGGUUUCCGGCUGUGUUCUAGCAGCAUUUUCUCCUGAUAUUUGACUUGCAUCUGUAGCUGGCAUUUUCAGAGGAUUUGAUGGUGGUAAAGCAAGUGGGGUAUUUAUACCUGUAGAAUGUCCAGGGUGGGAGAAAAGAACCAUUAUCUGUUGGACAAGUGUAAAGGGUACAAUUAGCAAGCUAGAUUUGUAUGCAUUUAGUGGGAUCCCCCAAUUAGCAUUGGUCUGGGUAAAGGUUUUCCCCUGACAUUAAGUCUAGUCGUGUCCAACUAGGUUGGUGCUCAUCUCCAUUUCUAAGCUUGAAGAGCCGGCAUUGUCUAUAGAUGCUUCCAAGGUCAUGUGGCCGGCAUGACUGCAUGGAGCGCCGUUACCUUCGCGCUGGAGCAGUAUCUAUUGGUCUACUCACAUUUGCAUGUUUUCGAACUUCUAGGUUGGCAGAAGCUGGGGCUAACAGAGGGAGUUCACCCCGCUCCCUGGAGUCUAACUGCCAACCUUUCAGUAAGUAAGUUCAGCAGUUCAGCGGUUUAAUCCCCUGCGCCACCAGGGGCUCCUGGGGCUGUAGUUGUUUACAAAUGAACAAUGUGUGCCAGCUGUGAUCUGAAACUGUGUGGGUUGAACAAACCUUUACCACCACAUACAGGAUACCCUACUUUUUGUCUGCAAGGUUUUUUUUUUACUCUGAAGGGAAAAGUGAAAAUGCAGGCAGUCUGCAGGCAGUACCAUGGGGAAUGAUGCUUCCCCAUGCAAUGGAGUCCUGGAUUAAUUCAGAGAUUGAUCCUUGUAUUCAGAGUUAUAUUAGUGUAAAUUCAGAGACCCGUCUAUAUAUACAGGUCACAUGGAGAUUUUGAGGGUGGGAAUCCAAUCCCGCGUCGACCUCACUAUUUCCUGCAGCAUUAGCAGUAGAUUAGAUCACAAUACUGCCAAAAGCUCCAGCCGUUCCAUAUAUACUCGAGUAUAAACCAACCUGAAUAUAAGCUGAGGCACCUAAUUUUACCACAAAAACUGGGAAAACUUAUUGAUUCAAGUAUAAGACAAGGGUGGGAAAUGCAGCAGCUACUGGUAAAUUUCAAAAAUAAAAAAAUAGAUAUCAACAUUAAUUGAGGCAUCAAUAGGUUAAAUGUUUUUUUUAAUAUUUACAUAAAACUAUAAUUUAAGAUAAGACUGCCCAGCUCUGAUUACCAUAUAUACUUGAGUAUAAGCCGACCGAAUAUAAGCUGGCCAAGACCCUCACUCAAGUAUAAGCCAAGGGGGCUUAUACUCUAGUAUAUAUAGUAGUUGUGGUUGACAUCAAGUUCCCAAGUUCUUUCUCUCAGUAGGGUGAGGAGGGUGCAGUGGUUUAGCCUGUUGCUCCACCGGGAGCUCCGGUGCUUCUGCUUAGCUACUUUCUUAUCCUUGGAUGGAUCUGAGACAAUACGUAAUAGAGAAGAAUAAAUACUCCUGUUUCUUCCAUAAGCUCCAUCUCAUGAGUCUGCUGCACUCUUAACAUGAAUACCACACCUUACCAUCAUCAUCUGUGCUUUUAAAUUUCAAGUUAUGUCAUAUCAAACUCCACUGGACUGAAGUUUAUUUCCUUGUAAAGUUUUUCCUUUCACCAUUGCAAAAUGUUGAUCUAAAUAAACUUCCUUCUGUGCAACAA